AGUGUCGCUCAUCACCGCAGCUGCAACAGCGCCGCUCUACCGUCCACAAUGACAACUCCAGCCCACCUCCAUCCUAACAAGCGCGUCCUGCUCAUCAAGAAGCCUGUAUUCUACGACGCGCCGGUCCAUGUUCAGUUUUUCAACCAGCACGCUGUUUCUGAAUGGCUCCCGGAGAGGUUCCUAAAGCACGGCUAUGGAGAUCUCGAUCACUUUUUUCGCGGCCUUAAGUGGAUACGGCAGUUUCCCACUCUCCCACAACACCUGAACGAGUUUUGCCAUCAUCUCGAGCGAUACUACAACUCGGAAGAUGGGCGACUAACUCUGGAACUCAUCCGGAAGGCCCAUCUCGCCUCAAAGACUCAGGACAACUUCCAUAUCGCAAUGGAUACGGCUCUUUUCAAGGCGGCAGACAAGCGAUCCGCUCAAGUAAACCCGUUCGAGGACCCCAAGAACCCGUUCCUUGUCCAAGCUCGCGAGCCAUCCAGCAUCUGCAGCUCCGUAGCCGCCUCAGCAGAAGCCGAGAUUGUAAUAGCUCUAGGCAGUCGAGGGCAGGGGUAA